AUCGUCAUCAUCAUCAGUUGAUCGUUGCCUUUUGGGAGCCCUGUAUUAUGAUUAGUGCUGUUUGUUUUAAUUUCGCUUGUUGUUCUUUUCUUCCGUCAGCGAUGAGCUAAACUUCCUCCUGGUUAGAAGCUUGCUUGCAACUCUACAACUUUCGGUUAACAGUUGCUUUUGUUCUGUUCCUAUUCUGCUGUCAGCUCCUCCUUUUUUCCAAUUUAGCAAGAGAUCCUAUGCGCCUUGGUGUUACUGUUUUAUAUUGGCUAAGGUGUUCCUGCUACCGUGUUUGGCUCAGAAUGACCAACCUACUACCUAUCCGAGACAUUGUCCCUUUCAUGAAGAAUUGGAGUUGUCUCAUCACUGUUCAGGAAAAGCAACAGAUUACUGACUCGAAGGGCACACCAACAAAAAAACAACAAUGUAUCUUUUAUGAUGCAGAGGGAUCAAAAGUUGAAGCAAUAAUCUUCAAUGAUGAUAUUCCUAAAAUGAGUCCACUUUUGCGUGUUUAUAAAAAGUACAAGAUCACAAACGCUGAAGUGAAGCCUAUCCCAGCAAAAUUUCAAACAGCUGACAUCACUAUCCAAUGGGUCAUCAGCACUAAAACCAUCAUUGAAGAGCUAAAUGGCGCUGAUAAUGAUAUCAUGCCUGUGAAUUUUAACUAUACAAAGUUUACUGAUUUAGUGCAUCAUAUGGAUGACAAGAAUAAAUCAGUUGAUGUGAUAGGCAUUGUGAUGGCUGCACUGGGCAAGAGGACAUUAAAUAGAAGCUCAAAAGAAUCAAAUGUUCAAAAGUUUGUCCUCCUUGAUGAAGAAUCACAAACUGUAUUGCUAUCUUUAUGGGAUGACUUUCUUGCUAAUGAAGGACAACAACUACUGUCUAACCUUCACAGCUAUCCUGUCAUUAUCGUGCGCAGAAUUAAAGUGAAUAAUUACAAAGGAGUUGCAUUGGGUACUUGGUUUGAUUUUGUCAUACUUGUUGAUCUGCCUAUAUAGGAAGCAAGGGAGCUAAAAAACUGGGCGAUCAGAAAUUCUCAAAUCAUUGCAGACGUUCUUGCCAAAAGAGAUUACAUGAAGUUCAAUCCUACAAUUUCUCUGAAAACUGAUCAAAAAACUACUUUGAUCUGUAACGUUAACCCAUCACAGAAGACGACUUGGGUGAGAGCACGUUUCUACUUUGAGCACAUAUUCCAAAAAUAUUGGUAUAUGAGUUGCAAGAAUUGCUAUCGAGCCACGGCAGCAGAUUAUCAAGUUGAAUUUACCUGCAACUCGUGCAAGGAGAAGCAACCAGCUGUACCUAGAUGUCGCUUUGAUGUUGAUUUAGUUGAUAACAGCGGAGCUAUACCAGCUUCCAUUUUUGAAUGUCGAACUCCCUCUUGACCUUGUUCAUGAACAGCUGAAAUCAAAGAUUUUUCUGGUUCAUAUAAAGCCUGUGCAAGCACAACUGGCAGACGCUAGGCAACGUUAUACAGUGAUAUAUUACUAUGAAACUGGUGAUGGUUCCAAUUCAACUGAGAUAACAAACGAACCAAAGAAUGAUUUGACGUUGCUUAAUGACCAGUCUCCGGCGCUGCAACUAAUUGAUCCAGAGGAAAAUACUCUAGCUUCAAAGAUUUGCAAGCGCCUUUCUGAAAAGUUCGAUGAAAUAGAGAAACUAAACGACAGCAGCUCCCUAGAUGAAGCCACCAGCUCUGCUAAGAAAUCAAAGCUAAACUAGAUCAGAACUAUUCAUCUUCUGUCUCCAUAAGAUAGAUGCACCUUACAAGUGAUUUGCACUGCUGCCUUUUGCUAAGUUUGUUACAACGAUCGUUAUCUCUUCAUGCACACUCUUCUUUUGUCUGUACGUAUCAACAAACCAGCUUCUUUUGAUAUAUCAGAAUGCUUUCAACAUUCAGCCUUAUUUGCUA